AUGUCCCAAGCGACAAGGCAGCUGAAAAAAGCAGCCCGCAUUAUCCUCGUUGGAGCCCCCGGCGUUGGAAAGGGAACCCAGACUGAACGAUUGAUUAAGAGGUACCCCCAGCUCGCAUCUAUCAGCUCCGGGGACCUUCUUCGAGAAAAUGUACGCAGCAAGACACCACUAGGCCUCAAAGCGGAAUCCACCAUUCUUGCCGGCAACCUUGUACCAGAUAACGUCAUUCUCGACCUCAUCUCCUCCGAACUCACUUCAAAGGGAUGGCUCACCACUGCUCCUCCUGCCGCCAAUGCCACCAGGGCGGCCCCAACCCUAAACCCUACUGCUUCCUUCAUUCUCGACGGCUUCCCCCGCACCGCAGCCCAAGCUUCAUCCCUCGACUCCCUCAUCCCCAUAAAUCUAGUCGUACACCUCCUCACACCCCCCGCCAUCAUAAUCUCCCGCAUUACUUCCCGCUGGGUCCACCCCCCAUCCGGCAGAGUGUACAACACCCAAUUCAACGCGCCCAAGGAACCAGGCAAGGACGAUGUGACGGGCGAGCCGCUGGUGCAGAGGGAGGAUGAUUCGAUUGAGACCUGGAAGCAGCGGCUGAGGAAGUUUGAGGAGACGAGCCGGCCGCUGUUGGAGCAUUAUGAGCGGCGCGGGUGUCUGUGGCGCGUGGAGGGGGAGACUAGCAAUGAGAUUAGUCCAAAAUUGUUCGCGGAGAUUGAGCGAAGGUUUUCUUAA